GCUUCCUCUCAUUCAUUUUCUCUUCCCUUCACGUUGGCUGAAAUGUCUUCACAUUUAGUGCGUAAUCCAGGCAUUCCGCUCGAUUUAGAAUGGGUGAGUAGGACAAGAGUUAACCUCCCGGCUGUUAAAAGACGGGCAGAUACACUCAAGACUCGCCGGUCGGUAAAGAAGCAAUGGCAAGCGGCGUGGCUUUUGAGGGCAGUGACUUGUAUCGACCUUACCACUCUGUCUGGUGAUGACACGGCGACGAAUGUAUCUCGACUAUGCUUCAAAGCGCAAAAUCCAGUUAGAAAAGACUUACUGGAAAACAUGGGUAUGGAAGGCAAGGGUAUAACUACAGGUGCUAUCUGUGUGUACACUUCUCGAGUUCCAGACGCCGUGAAGACUCUAGAAAAUCUUAACUCCAAGAUUCCAAUCGCUUCAGUUGCUGCAGGAUUCCCAGCAGGUCAGACUCCCCUCAAGCAAAGACUAGAAGAGAUAGAAACUGCAGUAGCUACAGGUGCCACAGAGAUUGACAUUGUGAUCAGCAGAGCAUUUGUUCUAGAGGGUAACUGGGAAGCGCUUUACAAUGAAGUACAGGCAAUGCGCAAAGCUUGUGGAGAAGCUCAUCUUAAGACAAUUAUUGCCACAGGUGAACUUGGCUCUCUGACAAAUGUUUAUAAAGCUAGUCUGGUUAGCAUGAUGGCUGGUUCUGACUUCAUUAAAACAUCAACUGGUAAAGAGUCAGUAAAUGCUACAUUUUCUGUUGCACUGGUUAUGGUGCGGGCAGUCAGGGAUUACUACCAGAAAACAGGUCACAAGGUAGGCUUUAAGCCAGCUGGUGGAAUCCGCAGUGCUAAAGAUGCUCUAACAUGGCUCUCUCUGAUGAAGGAAGAACUUGGAGAUGAUUGGACAAGACCAGAUCUCUUUAGGAUUGGUGCCAGUUCACUGCUGGGAGACAUAGAGAGGCAACUCUUCCACUUUGUAACAGGAAGAUAUGCUGCUCAACAUGAAAUACCCAUGGCAUGAUGAAUGGUACAUUUAGGCUUCACAGUGUUAGAGGAUACAAUGGAUAUUUUAAAGGGAAAGGACUGAAUUAUUCUUUGACAUAAUGUAAUUGGACAAAAUGCAUUCGCUUGAAGAAAUAUUAUACACACUUAUGGAAAAGGCCAAUUUUUCAUCAGAAUUUUGAAUAAAUAUGGUUUAUUGACAAAA